CCACGCUCGCUCGCUCGCUCGCCGGCUCCUCCUCACUCGCCCGCCCGCGCCCAGCGCAGCUCGGCCAGAGAGACCGCGGGGCUGAGCGCGCGCCUGCCCGGGGGCUCCGGUGGCUGCCCGGGUCCGCAGCCCCCUCCCUCGACCCCGCCUUUCCCGCCUCGCUCCCUCCCUCCUUGCCCCGCUCCCGCGCAGUCCACCCGCCGGGCAGGCAGCCCGCGGCUCCGCGCCCCCAGCAGCCACGAUGCCCGUGGCCCGGCCGCCCGCCGCGGGACCAGGCGCGAUCUCGCUGCUCCUCGCUCUGCUCCUGGGGAGCCCCGCGGCCGCGCGGGCGGGAGGUUUUAUCUGGUUAUCUUAUGCCAAGUGGAAAACUCCAGGCAGAGGUAAAGGACAAACCUCAGGACCCCUCGCUCCUGGCCCCACAGCCUCAGAUAGAUAUGCACUGCCGGAGGGAGAUGCCAACCCUUCAGGUACUUACCUUCUGCCCUCAGGAGCCCUGGGAAGCACCGGUCUGAGCAAAGAAAGCCUGGAAGAGAGAGUGACAACCGCCCCUCUGAGUCCAGCGCAGUUGGGGGAAGAGCUGCACGAGCUGGAGCUGGAGGGGAUGGGCCCCUCCGCACGUCCAGAGCCCUCAGCCCUGUCCACGCUGCUUCCGGAGGCGGCCAGCACCAAGCUUGCCUUCCUCCCCAGGAAGAAGCUGCCUCUGAUCAAGCAGGUGAACUCAGCCAGGAAACAACCGAGGCCGAAGGCCACCUCUGCAGCAGCCCUCCCGAGGGCGGCGUCCCAGCCUGCAUCCCCGGGCCUGCGUCUCCUCUCCUCUGCCACAGAAAAGCCGGGUCCACCUGGGGACCCUGACCCUGUGGCCUCUGCAGGUGAGGAGACACUUCGCCUGCCGUCGGAGGAUCCCCUAUGGCUGGACCAGAAGGAAGGUGCGGUCCCCACAACGCCUGCACCCCUGCAGAUCUCUCCUUUCACGUCACAACCCUAUGUGGCCCACACGCUUCCCCAGAGACCAGACCCCGGGGAGCCUGCCAUGCCUGAUGAGGUCCAUGAGGCGCCUCCUGAGGACGUCAGUCCCAUGACCUUGAUGGACAAAGGUGAGAAUGAGCUGACCGGGUCAGCCUCAGAGGAGAGCCAGGAGACCACAACGUCCACCAUUAUUACCACCACGGUCAUCACGACAGAGCAGGCCCCAGCUCUCUGCAGUGUGAGCCUCUCUGAUCCUGAAGGGUACAUCGACUCCAGUGACUACCCACCGCUGCCCCUCAACAACUUCCUGGAGUGCACGUACAACGUGACCGUCUACACAGGCUAUGGGGUGGAGCUCCAGGUGAAGAGCGUGAACCUGUCUGAGGGGGAGCUGCUCUCCAUUCGUGGAGUAGACGGCCACACCCUGACCAUCCUGGCCAACCAGACACUCCUGGUAGAGGGGCAGGUCAUCCGAAGCCCCACCAACACUAUCUCUGUCUACUUCCGGACCUUCCAGGACGAUGGCCUUGGGACCUUCCAGCUGCACUACCAGGCCUUCAUGCUCAGCUGCAGCUUUCCUCGCCGGCCCGACUACGGGGAUGUCACAGUGAUGGACCUGCACUCGGGCGGGGUAGCCCACUUCCAUUGCCACCUAGGCUACGAGCUCCAGGGUGCCAAGACGCUGACGUGCAUCAACGCCUCUAAGCCCCACUGGAGCAGCCGGGAACCCAUCUGCUCAGCCCCUUGUGGAGGGGCUGUGCACAAUGCCACCAUCGGCCGCGUCCUCUCCCCAAGUUACCCUGGAAACACCAAUGGGAGUCAGUUCUGUGUGUGGACGAUCCAAGCUCCAGAGGGUCAGAAGCUGCAUCUGCACUUUGAGAGGCUGUCGCUGCACGAGAAGGACAGGAUGAUGGUCUACAGUGGGCUGACCAACAAGUCCGCUCUUCUCUAUGACUCCCUUCAAACCGAGAGCGUCCCCUUCGAGGGUCUGCUGAGCGAAGGCAACAGCAUCCGCAUCGAGUUCGCAUCUGACCAGGCCCAGGCAGCCUCAGCCUUCAACAUCCGGUUCGAGGCCUUUGAGAAAGGCCACUGCUACGAGCCCUACAUUCAGAAUGGGAACUUCACCACUUCUGACCUAACCUAUAACAUCGGGACCAUUGUGGAGUUCACCUGCGACCCCGGCCACUCUCUGGAGCAGGGCCCGGCCAUCAUUGAGUGCAUCAACGUGCGGGACCCAUACUGGAAUGACACCGAGCCCCUGUGCAGAGCCAUGUGUGGUGGGGAGCUCUCUGCCGUGGCUGGGGUGGUGCUCUCUCCAAACUGGCCAGAGCCCUACGUGGAAGGUGAAGAUUGUAUCUGGAAGAUCCACGUAGGGGAGGAGAAACGAAUUUUCUUAGAUAUCCAAUUCCUGAACCUGAGCAAUAGCGACAUCCUGACCAUCUACGACGGUGAUGACGUCAUGCCCCACAUCUUGGGGCAGUAUCUUGGGAACAGUGGCCCCCAGAAGUUGUAUUCAUCCACGCCAGACCUAACCAUCCAGUUCCACUCGGACCCCGCUGGUCUCAUCUUUGGAAAGGGCCAAGGAUUUAUCAUGAACUACAUUGAGGUGUCUAGGAACGAUUCCUGCUCAGAUCUACCCGAGAUCCAGAAUGGUUGGAAAACCACGUCUCAUACAGAGCUUGUGAGGGGUGCCAGGAUCACCUACCAGUGUGACCCUGGCUAUGACAUCGUGGGAAGCGACACCCUCACCUGCCAGUGGGACCUCAGCUGGAGCAGCGACCCCCCAUUUUGUGAGAAAAUUAUGUACUGCACUGACCCCGGAGAAGUGGACCACUCGACCCGCUUAAUUUCGGAUCCCGUGCUGCUGGUGGGCACCACCAUCCAAUAUACCUGCAACCCCGGCUUUGUGCUGGAAGGGAGCUCGCUUCUGACCUGCUACAGCCGCGAGACGGGCACCCCCAUCUGGACAUCCCGCCUGCCCCACUGCGUCUCGGAAGAGUCUCUGGCCUGUGACAACCCCGGGCUACCUGAAAAUGGGUACCAAAUCCUAUACAAGCGACUCUACCUGCCAGGGGAGUCCCUCACCUUCAUGUGUUACGAGGGCUUCGAACUGAUGGGCGAAGUGACCAUCCGAUGCAUCCUGGGACAGCCGUCACACUGGAACGGGCCCCUACCUGUUUGUAAAGUUAAUCAAGACAGCUUUGAACAUGCUUUAGAAGUAGCAGAAGCGGCAGCAGAGACAUCGCUGGAAGGGGGAAACAUGGCGCUGGCUAUCUUCAUCCCUGUCCUCAUCAUCUCCUUACUGCUGGGAGGAGCCUACAUUUACAUCACCAGAUGUCGCUAUUACUCCAACCUGCGCCUGCCCCUGAUGUACUCCCAUCCCUACAGCCAGAUCACCGUGGAAACUGAAUUUGACAACCCCAUUUAUGAGACAGGGGAAACCAGAGAGUAUGAAGUUUCUAUUUAAAGAGAGCUACACUCGAGACGGGAACUUACAGAUGUGGACUCAGCUACAAUCUCCUCGAGAAAUUCAUCCAGAGACCAUAUGGCAUUUGAUUGAAAACCCCCAGAGUAUUGGCUGUGUUUUCUUCAGACUCUUUAUUGAAGACUUAUUAUUUUCUUCACUGUAUUUAUUAUAUUUAAAAUUGACAUAGGUGUGGUUGCAGUGGCAGUCAGAUUCAUGUUAUAGCCUCAGUGCUAAAGGCAGGUGGAAGACCUGCAAAAUGGCAAACACAGCAGCAGAGGGGAAAAAAAAGCAAGAAAAAAAACCAGGUUGCGUUUCUCCCACCAGCAGUGCCAUGCUAUGGCUGCAUCAAAUUGCAUGCAUCUUUGGGAUCCAUGGUGUUUUUAGUACAGAUCUACGUCCCCAGAUUAGGUUGGAUUCACUAGGGUUGGAAUUCCGCAUGGAUACUUAAACAGGUUGGCCCCCAAACGAAUCCUGUGUUCACUCUUCCAAUUUUCCCAGCUUCCAAAAGGUCUUGCCACUUCCC